CUUCAAGCUUGGCUUUCAGCUCACCUCACGCUCUCCUCGCGUUCUCACGUGAAGAGGUUAUCUACUUAAAUUGUCCCUUCAGUGUAUUGGAGAAUCUAACCAUCGCAGUCGACAAGCCAUAACGGACAAGUGCCUUUCAUCCCCAUAACAAGCAUUCAAACUAGUAACUCGCAAUGUUCGCUCCGCUCAGAGCUGCCCUCCCAAGGGCAUCAUCAUUCCCACCAGCAGUAUCCCUCUACAAAACCCAACUCAGAGGAUACAUCCAACAACGACCCCAGCAACAACCAUCACCAACUGCCGCCUUCUACAGAACCUUCACACGCCCCGUAGCCAAGUGCGCUCUCCUCGCCGUACUAGUCUACCAGCUCGUCUAUUUUGGUUGGACCAAGCUGGAGGUGGAGGAGCUCAAGCAAGAGCGGGAAGCUGAAAUUAUCAAGCUUGAAGCACAAAUCAGGAGUUUACAGGCUGCUCAGGCUGCUGCUGAGGCUGCAGAGGCUAGGGGUGCGGCUAGUGCGAGUGAUAGUGUGCGAAGUAUAAGCGAUGGGAAUGGUGAUGAUAGGAAGCAGGAGGCAAAGGCGCGAGGGAGUUGGUGGAGUUGGAGGUGAAAUGGUUUUGAGAGGCAAUGGAGUUAAGCUGGUGGGCGAGGUGUGAGCGUGGGACAUUGGCAGUUUUAGCUGAGGGGUGUGGUUGAGUUGGACUCAGAAAUAAGUCUGCAGGGGUCCUCGAGGCUGGGUGCCGAUUUAUGACAUGUAAGCAAGCACAGCAAAGACGACUUCAGAAUCUGUAUCAUAGCUCACCUGUAGAUGAAGAACAUGACAUGCAAAGGGUUAUCA